AUGUCACGUGUGACCACCACUUACCGUGUGGAAAAUUAUGCGACUGCGCUUUGCGUUUUUAACUUUAUAGCGCACCGACGUCGUUUCAUCUCUGUAUCUGCAUUUUCCAUGAAAAUGAGAUUUCUGCAACUGUUAACUAUUUUGAGCUUUCUUCUUCUCAUAGUGAAACCAAUCUCAGCGAAAUUCUACACCAACAUAUCUUCCGUACCACCGUUACAGUUUCUAAACGCCUCUCGAAGCGCGUGGGAAACUUUCGGAAAACUCGCCGGCUGUCACGUCGGAGAAAAAGUCGACGGUCUCUCCAAACUCAAACACUACUUCCGUCGUUUCGGUUACAUCUCCACCGCCGUCGAUAAUUUCACCGACGAUUUCGAUGACGUGCUCCAAUCGGCGAUCAGUACUUACCAGAAGAAUUUCAACAUUAAGGUCACCGGUAAGCUCGACGCGUCGACUCUCCGGCAGAUCGUUAAGCCGAGGUGUGGGAAUCCGGAUAUGAUCGACGGGACUUCGGAGAUGAACGCCGGUAAGAAAUUCCGUACGACGGAGCGGUACUCGUUUUUCCCCGGGAAGCCACGGUGGCCGAAUCGGAAACGAGAUCUGAGCUACGCGUUCGUGCCGCAGAACAAUCUCACCGACGAAGUGAAACGCGUGUUCGCACGCGCAUUCACUCGCUGGGCGGAGGUCACUCCGCUGAAUUUCACGCGCUCGGAGUCUCUCGUCGACGCCGACAUAGUGAUCGGGUUCUUCACCGGUGAGCACGGAGACGGAGAGCCGUUCGAUGGAGCCAUGGGAACACUAGCGCACGCGUCAUCGCCGCCUACGGGGAUGUUCCAUCUCGACGGCGACGAGGACUGGCUGAUCUCUGAAACCAAAAUCAGCCGUCGGAUAUUGCCGGUGACGUCGGUUGUGGAUCUGGAAUCGGUCGCGGUUCACGAGAUCGGACAUCUUCUCGGGCUAGGCCACUCGUCGGUGGAAGAUGCAAUCAUGUAUCCGGCGAUUUCCGGUGGAGAUCGGAAGGUGGAGUUAGCGAGGGAUGAUAUAGAAGGGAUACAGGUUCUGUACGGAGGUAAUCCAAACGGAGACGGAGGUUUGCAGACUAGCCGUCAAACGAGCGGUGGAGCUGAGUCCGGCGUCGAUUGGAUUCGUCGGUGGAGAGGAUUGGUGUUUAGCCUAUCAUCGAUUGCCACCUGUAUAUUCUUGAUUUGUUUUUAG